CGAUCCACGUCAAGCACCUAUACUCUCAGCACUCGUUCUUUAAUAUCACGUCGAGAUGUUCUCCAAGCUCCUUUCUGUCGCCGUCCUGGCCGCCUUCAUUGGGCAGGCGCUGGCCCACCCUAUGCCGAUGCCGAUGCGUCUGUGGAUGCAGCGCGAACUCGAGAGCCGCCAGGCGGCCUCGUUCGAGACCAUCGCCGCCUACAGGCGCGCUGAUGUCAACACUGUUCCUGUCGAGCAGCCGUCGAUGUCGCAAAACGGGAAGAUUGUGCCCUUUGUCAACACUGGCAAGGUCAACCCCCGCGCGAUCAAGUCCCGCGCAAUCAACUCCGUGACCGACAGCGAGCCCACCAUGGCAAAGGACGGCCAGAUCGUCCCCUUCGUGAACACUGGCAAGACUAAGCGCGCCGACAUCAACACCGUCCCUGUCGAGCAGCCUUCUAUGUCGCAGAACGGCAAGAUCGUCCCCUUCGUUAACACUGCUGCCGGCAAGGGCAAGCGCGCGGAUGUCAACACUGUCCCCGUUGAACAGCCCUCGAUGUCCCAGAACGGCAAGAUUGUACCGUUCGUCAACCACUCCGCGAAGGGCAAGCGCGCCGACGUGAACACAGUUCCCGUCGAGCAGCCCUCGAUGUCGCAGAAUGGGAAGAUUGUCCCCUUCGUCAACACGUCUGCAGGCAAAGGCAAGCGUGCCGACGUCAACACUGUCCCUGUCGAGCAGCCCUCGAUGUCGCAGAAUGGCAAGAUCGUCCCCUUCGUGAACACUUCCGCCGGCAAAGGCAAGCGCGCGGAUGUCAACACUGUCCCUGUUGAGCAGCCGUCCAUGUCCCAGAACGGAAAGAUCGUGCCAUUCGUCAACCAUGCUGCAAAGGGCAAACGCGCCGACGUGAACACCGUGCCCGUUGAGCAGCCUUCGAUGUCGCAGAACGGCAAGAUUGUGCCGUUUGUCAACAACGCCGCCAAGAACUAA